CCCAGUCAGAUACUCACAGCUGACUUUCGGGCGGACUUUCAGGUUCGCAUCCAGUCGCCAACAGCCCCCCUUCCGUUCUAUCCACUUCUUCGAUUGACUCGAAACCAGUGGAUGUCUCAGCAAUCCGCCGCAUCCAAGCCUUCGCUGCAGGGGGUACGCAUCAAAGCCAGAAAACGUGCUGUCAAGGCGUCUGCCAAACACGAACCUUCAGUAUUCAGAGAUCAGCUCUACAAGCACCUCGAAACCGUGCCCGAGGGCGACUUUGACGGAUUCGCGAAUAAAUUAGUCCAGGCCGGAUCGACGCUCGAGUAUCAAAAGUAUGCAGAUGCCCUAUUCGAGAUCUUGCUUGUCGGCGGGCUCCUCCAGCCCGGAGGCAGCUACGUCGAGGACGGCGCUCCGCCCUCCCCCUUCUCGAUCUUCAAGGCCAAGGAGCCGGUCGAGGUGGCUGACAUAAAGAAGUACGUCGAGGUGUUCAACAAGCUUAUCAGAAGGUACAAGUAUCUCCAGAGGCCUCUGGAAACCUCGUCCCUUCCGAAUCUGCUGCAAUAUGUCAACCGCUGGUCUCCGGUCCAGCAGCAGAAGUUGAUGAUCGCUACGGGCCUUAUACUUGCUCAAGGCCUUGCCGCGCCUAGCUGCCUGCAGAGUCUUACGAAGGACCAUCUAGUCAAGAAUGACGUUUCGGCUUCGGCAAUCACCAACAUCUUCCGCGCCUACCUGACGGAGCAAUCGAUGGACCACCUGUCCAGCUCCCUCAAGAAAGGCGGCGUGCGCGAUCUGCUCGCAUUCUUCCCGCCGCAGAAGCGCGACGACAAGACGCUCGACGAGCAUUUCAGGAAGGAGGGCCUUCCGCAGAUUGCGGACUGGUGGACGAAGAAGCAGUACGCGGUGCUCAAAGAUGAGAUCAUGAAGGGUAUCAAAGAUAUGCUUGACCGCGAGGAGCCGAACGAGGAGGUCAUUGGUUUCAUCAAGAGCAAGCAGGCUAAGCGCGCCCUCCCAGAGACCGAGUUGAUCUCGUGCAUCUGGCAAGGCAUUACCUCCAGCAUCGACUGGGCCGCUCGCCCCGACCAGAUCGAAGGGCUUGCAGUGCGAGAAAUCGGCAGAUAUGCCCCGAUCCUCGAACCGUUCUGCAACGGCCCGAAGGUCGAAGUCGCGCUCAUCAAUACUGUACAAGUACAUUCUUACGAAGAUACGCGCAUUAUCAAGGCAUUCCCACAGAUUCUUAAAGUAUUGUACAAUAAGGACUGUAUUUCAGACCAAGCUAUCAUAUACUGGCACCAGAAGGGCUCGAAGCCCCAGGGACGACAGCAUUUCCUGACCGCUACCGAGGCCCUCGUGAAGUACUUGCAAGAGCAAGAGAGUGAAGAAGAGGAUGACGAGUAAUAUACUGGACCGGUGUCGCUUUGAACCAUCAUAUAUCCGGACGUUCCGGGUCGGUAUUCUUACAUGCGCCUACGAGUGUUUUUCCAUGCCUACAGAAAUAUAUCAAAUAAGGCCACGUACACGACGUACAACAAUCAAUGAAAUACCAAUGGACCCGUAGAAUACAUACAAGGUGUACAGACAAAAGGGGGAUACUUUUGGGAGAUGAGGCAAAAACAUCUAUCUACAUCAUCUUCACAUACCACAGAUGGUGUUCGCCUAUACACCUGCACAUGUUUAGCGCUCAGCACCGAUCUUACACUUGCACAUGUACAGCUGCAGUGUCCUCGACGUACUUCACCAUGCUUCUGGCAUCGGGGCGAAGUCGCCCGACCACCCGUUCGGGUUGCCCAUUUGCAGGAAUAUACCAUCCGAGCCGUUGAUGGGCAGGCCAAGGUCUGUCAGACUCUGUUCGCGCAGCCAGGGCGGGAUGGCCGAUGGACUGAACACUCCUCGAUCCGUAGGACCGUUCCCCGCGGGCCAUGCAAAGCCCAAUUCCUCCAUCGUAAACGGCUGCGGCAUGAUGGUCGGGUCUACAUAAUUGGAGGAGAUGAACAUGCCCUCCGC